AUGGCAGCUUGGUCAUUUAAUUCGUUCUUUUCAAAAAAACCAAAAUCACGGACGUCAUCGACUGUGUUUCAUUUUGACGUAGUUGAAGAGGCAAAAACCCCAAACAACAACGACACUUAUUCGAACACAAGGAAUAAUUCAGGAACACCACACCACACGGAUGAUCAGGAAAACAUAACAUCAUACUCCCCUGUACACAAUUGCGACCACUGGAACGAUUCGGAGGAGGGCUCUCAAAAGACUUUACCCUUUUGCUGCGGCCUUUCAAGGUUUUCCACCAAAAAAGCAAACAGGCUACCCACCAAAGAACCUGAUUGCCCCCAAAGCCAAAGACAACAACAACAACAAAACAAUAAUCGUUCUGUCUCUUUAGAUGAAUCUCCCAUCUAUGGUGAUUGUAAAAAAUUAAAUGGCAACAAUAAAAGUGACUCAGUUAACGGUAACCUUAGUGAUGAUAAAGAAAAUACACAAGAUAAUGUUUAUGAAAAUGGCAGUCUUGAUUUAUCUAGGGUAACAUUCCGACAGAAAACCAAAGACACCGAAGUUAAUCAUUCGAAAAAUUGUGUGAUUUAUUCAAAAUCUGAUCGCUCUACUAUCUAUCCACCGUGCUAUGCUAAUGGAUGUUUCACUGGUUCCAAUACUGAUGUUAAUGGCAAGGGUACGACUAAUGACCACAACGACGACUGCAACAACCGCAACAACCACAACAACAACAGUGAAGAAGAUGAUGACAAUUGUGACUUUUUAAACGACAACAACAAAAACAACUACCUAAUAAAUUCACCCACCGAUUUAUCCGAAGACCAAGCCAUGAACCUGAAUUAUAAACCGGGGGUGGAGUUGCCAAAAAACCUAAAAAAGAUACCCAUCCCCGUAAGCAGCUACAACAGCAGCUACAACAGCAGCAGCAACAGCAGCAACGACAUCACUAUCAUCCUCAAAAUCAUCGUUGUCAUCUUCACCUUCUUGUAUCUUGUCAUCCACAAAGCCACCUUGCCCAGUUAA